AAGUCGGAUUUAGGAGGCUGCAUACUUUGCCAGACAGUCGCGUUCGUUGUUCCAAGUAAAUUGUAAAAUAUCCAUGAUUAUGUAUCGCUAAACGAAAUUAUAGUAAUUCGUUUAGUGUAUAAUAUUUGAGAUUUAAAAUCCAAUUAGUGUUUUCGGGUUUCUGUUGUUAAAUACUUUAUAACUGGCAUGUGUUGGUCACCAUAUGAGAACAUGUGUAUUGUGUAAGACGUAAACACCAUCUGCUUGGCUUUUACCCAUGUCUCGAAUUUGUAAGAAGAAACCUGCUGUGUGCACAGAUGAACCACUUUCCAACAGUAACAUUUGCCAAAAGAUGGCUCUGUUGAGAAAUAUACUCAGUUCUGCCUAUGGACCAACUGGUAGACUGAAACAAAUACAUAACAAUGUUGGAGGCCAUGUCUUGACAACUUCAACCUCUACAGCCCUGCUCAAACGAGUAGAUAUGUCUGAGCCGCUUCUUAAAAUGAUCUCAACUGCUGUUCAACAUCACACCACAUGUUACAGUGACUGUGGGCUUUUUAUGGGGAUUUUCACACUCCGACUUAUUGAAAAUACACAAAAUAAUGGCCUCAGGACAGCUGCAGCAGCCAAGGUAUACAAACAUCUUGUGGAAGAAUGCAACAUGUAUCUUAAAGGAGACUCUUGUGGUUGUAAAGUGCCAGUAGACUUCAGCAGCAGCGAUUCGAUCAUUGCACUGGCUCGCAGUAUGAUCACCAGCAAACCAGCAUGUAUGUUGAAUAGCAGGGAAACAAAACAUAUCAGUUCACUGAUCGCACAGGCCUUCUUGUAUUCCAUCCAUUGCAACACAUCCGGCGUGAGCUGCUUUGGAAGGACAGUCACCAUCGGCAUUGAGAGCCAAUCGGUGAGCGAUUCUUCGGUUUUCCCAGGACUGCUGGUGGAUGUCCCUGAGAUGCUUCAGCCUGCAGAUCUUGAGAGACUGGGAUCUGGGCCGUUUAAGGUGGUGCUUUUCAGCGUAUCACUGUCAGGGGAUAUCUCUGAAGUUGGAGAUGUAACUUUGGAGAUCCAUAGGGGAGUGGACCCAGAGCAUGAUCUCCUUCAGCAGCUCCUGAAGCUUGGGGAACAAGUUGUUAUGGACAAAGUGAGCUUAUUUGCAUGCCAAAAAGUCGUACAUCCAGUUCUCCAGCACUACUUGAGGAAGCAUGGAGUUGUUGUGAUCGAGAGGCUUGGACUAGCCCUGAUGGAACCGUUUGUCCAGUUAACAGGUGCUCAGGCUAUUGCUUCUCUUUGCGCUUCAGUCCCAGUGGAAGCUUUCGGGAUGGUUAAAGAAUUCUGUUUGCAGUCAUGUGGAUCCAGAGAACUCCUCCAGCUCCUUCCUUCUAAAGAUGCUGCAGUUAGCACCAUGCUUCUCUGCCACAGAAAUGAAACAAUGCUUGAAGAACUGAAGAUGACAUGCAAGAGAGCAGAACAUGUGUUGCGACUGACUCUGAGGGAGCCCUGCGCCCUGCUUGGAGGAGGCUGUACAGAGACACUGCUGGCCACCCACAUCACGCACAUGAGUUGUUCCAAAGCCUCAGAAAUAGCUCAGGCUCUGAGCAUCUCUCACUCCGAGUUCAUCAUGGCAGUCAAGGCAUUUUGCAGCUCUCUGCAAUCUGUGGCUCUUUCCUUAGAUCAUGAUGGACAGGACUGUCUCAUUGACAUGACAUAUGCUCAUCGCUGGGUCCCAGAUAUCUACUCCAAAACCUGCAGUUGUGGCCUGGUGGAGGACAGAUCCAACCUAGAGAAGACCCCUCUAAAUACAGCUUACCCCACUUUCUGUCCUGUUUCCCUGAAAAACACUGACAGUCAGCCCAGAAUUUUAGAUUCAUUUUCUGCCAAACUCAAUGCUUUGAAUGUGGCGGUUGAGAUGGCUAAUUUGGUUCUUGAUGUAAAAUAUGUAAUUGAGGAUAUCAAUUGAAUUUCAAUGAAUGAAGAGCUGUGCUUUGAAUAAAGGUUGUAGGUUUGAUGUAUUUUACAAUUAAAUAUUGUUCUAAAACUUUUUCUUCAAGAGAACUCAAUGUGGCAACAUACAUGUUAA